UUGGAGCCUUUUAGUAUCUCGUCAGCCUUCAUUUCACGAUGUUGCUUUGUAUUCAGUAACUUGUAAAAUGUUUUGUCGAAACAAUGCAAGACUCCAUGGAAAAGUGGUGAUUGUGACCGGCGGCAGCGCUGGAAUUGGUUAUGAGGCAGCUAAAAUCUUAGCCGAAAACGGAGCAAGAGUCAUAAUCGCAAGUAGGAAUGAAACAAAAAUGAAAGAAGCGAAGAAAAGAAUCGUCGAAGCUACAAAUAACAAUAACAUCGAUUACAGAACUAUAGAUUUAGCUUCAUUGAAGUCAGUCAGGAAAUUUGUUAAUGAAACCUUACAGUUAGAAGAAAGAAUAGACGUUUUGAUAAACAAUGCCGGAGCUGUUGGAUUACCGGAUCGAUUGACUGAAGAUGGUUUGAAUCUAACAAUGCAAGUUAACUAUUUCGGAGCUUUUCUACUUACCUUUCUACUACUCCCUAUGUUGAAAGUGUCAGCACCUAGCAGAGUUAUUAUAAGUACAGCCUCCGCAAUGUUUGUUGGGACAGCAGAUUUCGAUCACUGGAAUGAUAUUGGACGGUACAACGCAGUGAAAUCUUUAGCGAACUCCAAACUAGCUGAUGCUAUGUUCAUGGUCGAGUUAGAUAAACGAGUCAGAGGUACAGGCAUUACUGCAAACGGUAUGGACCCUUUCCUUGUUCGAAACACAGAUAUCCUUAAUAAUGUAGAUACCGUUGUAGCAGAAAUAUCACGUGUUUUUGUCAACAUUGUGGGACGGACAAGAAAGGAAGCAGGCAAUGAAAUGGCAUAUUUAGCAACUAGUCCGGAAUUGAGGGGAGUGAGCGGUCGGAAUUUCAAAUUUUGUCAUGUAAUAUUCAAUCAUUGGUUGACACAUGAUGAGAAACUGCGACAAAAAUUGUGGAAUUUAUCCAAAAAACUGGUGAGAAUUACUACCGAAGAAGAUUGGGAAAAUAGGUCACGAGCUUAAAGCAAAAAAACGUCAAUAUUGUCAGAAGCAUCACAGUCAAAAUAAUAUAAUAACUUUAGUUUUUGUAAUUUUAUUGAUCAAUUAGGUUUACUAUAAAUAUUACCUAUAUAUAAAUACUUUUUCUGUAAAAUAAACCUUUGAUAAUAUUAAAAUAUUACAGUCUAGGUUAGUUACGUCCUGUGUUGAAUUGAAUCAGGAUAUAAUUUUGCAAGAGUAUAU